UAAACCAUAUCUGCUUUCGUGUCCCUUUUUGUCUUUCCAUAUUCACACUCCUUUGUGUUCGUUCGUUCAUCCACACCCAUCAUCGUUUUCUGCAUCCCUGCAAAGUGUUUUUGUUUUGAUUAAUUAUAUUGAUUUUGUUUUCUUUCGACAGAUUAUAUUUUGCUCAUCCUCAGACUUUGAUAAUCAUUUUAAUCUCUCAGCAGAUAUACAGAUAGUUCCCCAGGUUAAUUUUCAAGCUUUUUGGCUAUGGAGACCUUGUGCCCGACUGCAUCACUUGUCAGGAACUCAAGCUGGUUGUUAUACAGUGGCCACGCGUGGACAAAAGACGAGAACAAGAGGUUCGAAAAUGCUCUAGCAAUCUUCGAUGAGGAGACCCCCAACAGAUGGAUUAAGGUGGCUGCAAUGAUCCCCGGAAAGUCUGUCGAUGAUGUUGUGAAUCAGUACGAGGAGUUAGUAUCCGAUAUCCGAGAUAUCGAGGCUGGCCGGGUCCCUAUGCCCGGAUACUUUCCAUCUCCAUUUACUUCAAAAACAGAGGUCAUUCAUGGCCACAAUGUGUAUAAAAAGCGUGCUCGAAUGGGCGAUCAUGAUCGGAAGAAAGGCGUGCCAUGGACCGAGGAAGAACACAGGCGUUUCUUAUUAGGUCUUCGGAAGCACGGGAAAGGAGAUUGGCGAAGCAUAUCUAGAAAUUUUGUGAUCUCUAAAACACCGACACAAGUUGCUAGCCACGCUCAAAAAUACUAUUUGAGGCAACUUUCCGGGAGCAAAGACAAAAGGAGGCCGAGCAUCCAUGACAUUACGACCAUCCAUACUUUUCCAACAGACGAAAACAACGACGACAACAAUAAUAACAACGAUAUGCCACAUUUGUGGGAUUUGUGUAAUAAAUCCACAGAAUCUUCGCAAAGCCCCGUUUGCACCGAGAAUGAAUUCUUGUCCGGCUGGAAUGAUGCCAAUGAUGUGAGUUUGAUGGCAUUCGACCCAUCUUUUAUCGCAUAUCCUGCGAUGAAUAGCCGUUGUAUUCUUAACGUCGGGGUUUCGACCACCGGUCAAGACAUUGUCCAAAUGCAGACAUUUCUGGGCUGACAAUGAAGUCUCGAAAAAAAAGUAUUUGUCGAAAUGUUGCAUGUAUUGAAGAAGUUUAUUUAACUAUAAGCAUUUCAUCAGUUGAAUCGA